UUAAUCUCUGAGGUCCAUCAAUAUUCGUUUUACCGAAUAUACAUACACUACAAAGCAAAAGAACAUGGCCAACAUCACCGCACCAAUUCCCACCAAGACUUUGCCGCUCACCAGCACUUUUACUCCCCCAGCAGAUUGCUGGGAAACAAGAAAACUCGCACAAUGGAGUACACAGUGGUUCAUAGCCCCUGGUGCCAACACUGCAAGCUGUUUUCCGCAAGGCUUUCCCUUCUCCGAAACUUCGAUUAUAUAUUUACCAGGAAUUUGCCCAGCGGGAUGGACAAGCGCUUGCGCCAGCUCGGCUACCAUUGAGACAUCAACGUUGGACGUCACCUAUUGCUGCCCUCAAUUUAUGGGGUGUGUACCUAGGACGAGUCUCGAUAGUUGGAAGACUAAGUUUGGAUGCGUUUCACAUUAUGAUAUCAAUUCAAAAUGGCAGAGUGUCAUGAAACCAGGCCCAUAUUUGAGUAGCAUAUACCAGAGACAUAUUAUGAUUGUCACUGCAAGUACUACGAAUAUAUCCUCCUUGCCCGUCUCAACACCUUUCUCGGCUCCUUCCUCAGCAUUUUCACAUCUCGCAUCCAAUACGGCGAGUGCCACAACAACUGAUGAUUCGGCCACCAGUAUGCCGGCACAAGUUGAUAAUAGAAUGUCCAGAGUCGCGAUGGCAGGGAUAGCGAUCGGUGCUUCAGUGGGGACAGCCAUUAUGACGCUCCUGGCCUAUGGCAUCUGGAUGAUAAAAAGAAAACAGGCAGCACAAUUGUCAGUUCAAAAAGCUAUAGAAGCAGGAGAUUAUUCGCAAUGCCCAUGGGCUUCAGCCAAUUCAUCAAAGGACCAGGAUGGCAUAGAACUACAUGAAGUCCUCGGAGACUCAGGAGGGGUAGAGCUUCAUGUAGAGACGAUCAGAGCUCCUCCCCAGGAAAUGGAAUAA